CCUUAAGACAGCGCCAUGUGCUGCCGGUUAACUUGGUUCCGCCUCAUGUGGAUUGUGACACUUCUGUGGGUAAGCCCCAUAGGGAAUGCUCAGCAGCUGACGUGGUUUUGGAAACAAUGGCACAUAAGGCCUUUCGCUAGAGGCACCGAUGUGAAGACGACUGGUGCAACAAAAGCAUCCCCUACUGCAACAACUGAAGUGGAGAAGGAUAAAAGCAGCAUUGCACCUGGCAUCAAUUCAAAACCUUUCAGUAACACAUUCAUCUCAGCUCUUAUGACACAAGGAGAAUCUUCUGAUGUACAGCAAAGGUACUUGGAAGAAAGUACUGCAGGAGAGCAGCUGACAACUAUUGCUUCAAGCACUCGCGAGCACUCAGAAGUCAGCAUUGUAACCAACCCAAGCUUCGAAGUGAAACCACUUGAGCAGAGCACAUUGGACAUCACCGUCGAUGAAACUCUGAAGGACAAGAUGGUUCGAGCCGGUGCCGUGACCAAUACAAGCAUCACAGUAGGGACUGGUGGCGCAGGCAAUUUGACAAGAAGAACGACUGAAAGUGGGGUCGUGUUUUCCACCUCGGCUGCAGUGGAAAGCGUAGUCCUCGCACCCAUGUUGAGAGCCAUGGCUAUCCCGGCACAGCUGCAGAUUCGCGGGCCGCAGGGCCAGGGCCAAAAUGUGGACCUGCUGCAGCUGAUCGGAGUCCCGCUGCCUCCCCCGGUCUCCUUCACGGCCGGCUACAAGGGCUUCCCAGCGUACGAGUUCUCCGAGGAUGCCAACGUGGGGCGCGCCGCAGGGACCUACCUCCCCCGGACGCUGUCCCGCGACUUCUCGCUGCUGGCCACAGUGCGCCCAGCCACGGAUGAGGGCGGUGUGCUGUUCGCCGUCACGGACUCCUUCCAGCAGAUGGUACAGCUGGGGCUCAAGCUGAUGCCGGUGGAGGACGGCGAGCAGACGAUAGUACUCUUCUACACGGAGCCCAGCGGCGCCGACACCCGCGUUGCCGCCGCCUUCCCCGUACCUCGAAUGACAAAUCGCUGGACGAGGCUGGCGCUGUCUGUGGCGGAGGACACAGUCUCAUUCUACAUGGGCUGCCAGCUCAUGGAGCGUGCCGCUAUCCAACGUGCAAGCCAUGCCCUGAGCUUUGACCCGAAUGGAGGAAUCUUCAUCGCUCAGGCCGGGGGAGCUGACACCGAUAAGUUUGUUGGAGCCAUCCAGGAGAUGUCUAUCAAAGAGGACCCAGAGGCAGCUUCUGCUCAGUGCGACAAUGAAGACCAAGAGCAGGUAUCUGGGGAUGGAAUCAGUGGUGCGUCUGAAGAUGAGGAGGAUGAGGACGAGGAUGAGGAUGAUGAUGAGGAUGAGGACACUUCUAGAGGCCAUACACCAUCGGUGACGGCUGCCCCAGCCCCAAGGCCACUUCAACCCCCAGAUUCAAGAGUUAGGCCUCAGCCAGACGUGAAUUAUCGACCUAGGCCAGAUGCUGAAGACAGACGCGUGGAUCCACCCAUCAUUCAGAGCCACGUGGUCAAGGGAGACAAAGGUGACCAUGGCUUUCCAGGUGUUCCCGGGCACAAGGGAGAGAAAGGCGAACCCAGCAGUGGAGGUGGCUUGGGGCCUCUGGGCCCACGUGGCCCUCCUGGGCCUGUUGGAUCUAAAGGGGAUGUGGGGAGUAAGGGCGCUAAGGGUGAGAUGGGCUUCAAAGGAGAACCAGGACUGCAAGGGCUUCCGGGCCUUAAGGGCAACAGCGGCUUGGUUUUGGCGAACGGUGAGGGUGGCACCGUAGGGGAAAAGGGUGACAAAGGAGAAAACGGAAUGAAGGGCUCCUCUGGGUUCGGGUAUCCGGGCUCAAAAGGAAGCAAGGGCGACAUUGGCCCACCAGGGCCUCCUGGCGCAGUAGGCCUCCCAGGCCCAGCCGCCUCUCUGGUCAAGCAGGAGGAUGGCACUGUCACACAGCUGGUUCAGGGUCCACCGGGCCAAGCAGGACCAUUGGGAUCUCCAGGGCAACCAGGGUCACAGGGUGAACCGGGUGACCCAGGAGAAGACGGAUCCCCUGGGGAAAAAGGUCCUCCGGGAUUUCCAGGACUGCAAGGUGACAAAGGCCCUAAAGGAGACAAGGGCGAUACUGCUGUGGGUGCACCCGGCCCACCAGGCCCACCAGGCCUUCCAGGCCCUCCAGGCCCUCCCGGGUUGGGAGGACAUGGACGCAAAGUGAACAUGGUGAACGUUGAAGGCUCAGGAUACUCAGAAGACGAUGAUGUGGACAUGGUUCGAGGCCCCCCCGGUCCCCGCGGACUACCCGGUGCUCAAGGCCCCCCAGGAGUGCCCGGCCUACCCGGCAAGCCUGGCAUAUUUGGGAUGAACGUCUCAGAAAUUGCCAAACUUGGAACCUCAGGCCUAUCUGGGAUUCCAGGACCUCCUGGGAGUGAUGGUGCUCCUGGACUAAACGGUUUAAAAGGAGAACAUGGUGACCCAGGCCAAGCUGGGCCGCCUGGACCUAUUGGACCCAAGGGAGAAGCUGGUGUGGCAGGAGCAGCGGGACCCCCUGGGGUCCAAGGGUUGAUUGGGAACGCUGGGCCACCUGGGCCCCCUGGCCCCCCAGGUCCUGCUGCGUCUUCCACUGCUGGCUUUUAUGAACCGGGAGAGCCGGGAGCUCAUGGGAUUGCUGGACCUCAGGGAUCGCCUGGCAUUCCUGGGCUGAUGGGGGAAAAAGGUGAUCCAGGGACACCUGGAUUUGAUGGCACAGCCGGCCUACCGGGACCCAUGGGACCCAGUGGACAAGAUGGCCGUCCUGGCCUGCCAGGUCCCACAGGCAUCAAAGGAGAAAAGGGGGAAACGGGACAUGAGGGAGAGCCAGGGCAGAAUGGCAUCGGCAUGCCCGGGCUGCCUGGGCCACCGGGCCCCCCUGGGCCACCAUUGACAAAUAUCCUGGAUGGGCUGGACGAUAUUGAGCAACUUCUGGGACGACCAGGAAACCCUGGACCUCCGGGAGCAGAAGGCAUGCCCGGUCAAGCUGGAUUCCCGGGGCCUCGCGGUCCCAAGGGGGAACUUGGAAACACUGGGCAUUCCGGACUGCCAGGUAUCAAGGGAGAGAAAGGGGAAUCUGGAGGUUACUUUGCUCUCGACGAUGGAUUCAGGGGUGAUAUUACAGGACCACCUGGAAUCAAAGGACAGAAGGGUGAUAUCGGAUUACCUGGGUCGUCAGGAUUGAUGGGACCAGAAGGGCCAAAAGGGACAAAAGGGGAAAUAGGACUGCCUGGUCGUCCGGGUCGGCCUGGUGUCAAUGGGCCCAAGGGAGAGCCAGGAGGAUUUGGAUUUGGUUCAUCCUCUGGCGCAGCUGGGCCUCCUGGUCCUCCUGGCCCCCCCGGCCCCCCAGGAUUGCCCAGUGGUCAUGGAUUCUCGUCCAACCAGGUUGAAACGUACGGCGAGUUUUCUCGAAGAGAUUUAAUUGUGAAAGGGGAGCGAGGCUUCCCCGGGCUUCCUGGGACACCGGGAACUAAAGGAGAGAGGGGGACGGCAGGACAGCCCGGGCCCCCAGGACCCCAUUACUCCAACUUCCUGAACGAGUUUGGAGGCAACAUAGCCAAGGGAGAUAGGGGAGAUGUUGGUCUCCAGGGUCAGAAAGGGGAGCCCGGAGGUGGAGGGUAUGGUCACUGGUCAGGAGGAGGCCCAGGUUCUGCCGGGCCACCUGGAAGAGACGGAGAUCCUGGCAGGCCCGGGCCACCUGGUGACUCCAUUCCCGGGCCCAUGGGAUUGCCUGGGCCUGUGGGGCCUGCUGGCCCUACUGGUUACGGCCAUCCUGGACCUCCUGGGCCCCCCGGACCCCCCGGAUUGCCCGGAUCAUCAGACUACGCUGCCGGCGGUGAUCGUGUGUUGGGAGCAGCCGGGUACCCAGGGCCACCUGGCGCCCCUGGGCCUCCUGGGCCAGCCAGUGGGGUGAGUUCGGUGCAGAGCAUCGCAAUGCUGGGCCGCGUGGCUUCCUCCUCCGUCGAGGGCUCCUUGGUGUACGUGAUGGAGCGCAGCGAGGUGUACAUGCGUGUGCGAGAUGGCUGGAGGCAGAUCAGUCUGGGAGAAGUCAUUCCAAUUCCCAGAGAAGAUAAUGAAUCUGUGUCUUCACGGGUGGUGAAUGUGGUCAAUCCUCUGCCACGGUUCCCCGUAGUGGAUCGCAUCCCCACAAACAACCAGAGGGAGAGUGGCAACCGGGGAGACAACCAUCUGCCCCAGCCACACGGCGACCGCGGCUCGCAUGUGCACCACACCUCCCACGUGGAACGUGCGUCACACGGGAGCGGAGGGCAGCACGCAUCACAUGGGGGGGUGCAACAGCCCUCGCACGGGGGUGGGGGGCACGGAGACUGGCGUGACGACCGGCACGGCUCUGCGGCGAGCAGCUCGGGACACCGGUCGCACGAGAUCAGCUACCACGAAAACAGCCCGCCACGAGUACUUCCCGGCAGUGGCCAAUCCGGGCUGCACCUGAUAGCACUGAAUGAGCCGCAGCCCGGAGCCAUGCACGGGAUCCGCGGCGUCGACUUCCAGUGCUUCCAGCAGGCACGCGCCAUCGGCCUGCACGGUACCUUCCGUGCCUUCCUUUCCUCCAAGGUGCAGGACCUGGUCUCCAUCGUGCGCCGCGCCGACCGAGACUCCAUGCCCAUCAUCAACCUCCGCGGAGAAGUUCUAUACAGGAACUGGAAUGAAAUAUUCUCGGGCUCGGAGGGGCAGUUGAACUAUAAUGUUCCCAUUUAUUCCUUUGACGGCCGAGAUAUCCUCACGGAUCCAGCAUGGUCCCAGAAGCACGUAUGGCACGGCUCGGACGCACACGGCCGCCGGCUUGUCACGCAGUACUGCGAGAUGUGGCGUGUGGGCGACAACGCCGUAACAGGGCAGGCCUCCCCACUCGCCUCGCGUCGCCUCCUGCAGCAGCAGCCCCUCGGCUGCAGCUCCGUCCUGGCAGUGCUGUGCAUCGAGAACAGUGGCGCACACGAGCAGAUUCGCAGGCGCUAGGGCUGCACAGCCACAGCUCCGCAUUCCCUCCCUGCGUUUUUUCCCUCCCCUGCCGUUUUCCUCUUCUACUUCCCCCCCACGCGUGUAUUUACGUGGAUACUGCUCGGAGAUCACCGCAAUGGUUACGUUUUGUUAUCGGUGGCCGUCAUCCUGCGGAGGGCACGUCGAGCCGCUCGCACUGCAUCCCCUCCUCCCGCGUCCCUUCCCUGCACCGUGGCUGUGAGAAUGUGGCGUCGGUGUGAGCAAGUGACGUUCACUGACGAGGAGAGUUUGAGUCGACUUUCGCUCUCUCUGCUUUCACAGAGAAUCAAACUCGCCCGAAGAAGUGUCCAUUACAUGUAUGAAACAGCACAGUAGAUAGGAUAUAGCACAAACGACAAAUGGGUGCUUUACAUGCCAAUACGUUUAUGGACACUGCUAUUGCUACUACUAAUACUACUACUUUUACGACUGAUAAUAAUAAUGCAGUAAUAUAAUGUAUAAUCAUAUAUUGUUAUCAUUAAUGCUACAAUUAAAUACUUUUACGUGACUCAACACUGCAUAUAAUGGAGCAAUAAGUGAUUUAAUUCACAAGUUGGUUAAAGAGUAAAAAUAUUCAAGUGCAAAAGAUCAAUAAUCUACAAAAUUUACAGAAUGAUUAGCAGAUACAUUAUUAAUGCACUUUAUCAUCAUGGAAUGUUCAUUGGGCAAUUUAAUAAUUUCUAAGGCACGUUUUUUUGUGUGUGGACAAGGAUAAAACAUAUAACUCUGCUAAGCGAUGCUGAAAUAUAUUAUAAUUAUUAUUACUGUGUUAUAAUUAGUGCGUGGGCUCCAAAGUCUUGUAACAUAUUAUAACGAUUGUUUAUUGCAAUCAUUAAGAAAGCCCUGCUUAAGAUUCAGCUGAGCUUAUCUUAUCUGCUAAUCCUUACCCAAUAAAAACAACUAACUACCAUUGAUGUACUGGCAAUGCAGAGAAAGCCGACAAUCCGGUUUGCUCAUCACUGGGAAGAGAAAAAUAACCCAGCCGAAAUUCCACGUUAUUUCUUACAAUGUUAUUUUCAAAAUGAAUUCCAAUUUUUAUUGGCAUUGUGGUAUUGCAGAUUCCCACAGAAUCUGAACUCUUUGUGGGGAGGGUGACUGUGCUAGAGGGAGGGUAGUGGAUCAGAGAAACCACAAUGAAUGCAAUGCAACAUGUAUUGGAAACACUGAAUUUAAUAUCCAAGUAUUCAUCAGUUGGGAAAUGGCUGAAUUGGAAACUUUGUUUUGUUAGGCUUAAACAGUGAUGCCUCGGUCAGCAAUUGAUGAGAAUUAAAAUGUGUGUGUCGGUCCCACAGAGCCAGGCUCUGAAUACUUGAACAUCUUUGUGAUAUUUAAAUCUUGUAAAGUACAACAAAUUACGAGUACAACUAGUUUUUGCUAAUUAAAUUACGUAAAUAAUUUGGAAAAUUUUGUCUGAUUUUAAAGAAAUUACACACGAUUUCGGUGAGGAAUAUAUAUUUUUGUAAAUGUACAUCAGUUUAUUGUAUUUAUGCCCCACUAAAAUGGUAGUUUUAUCUUAAAUAUCCCCACAGGCUCACACGAAUUUGCGCCAACAGCAAGGCAAGAGACUAUACGUUUAAUGAAUCUAAGCAAGGGUACCAUGCACUGCCUUGUCUAUAAAUAUAUAUUGGGGCACAAAUUAAACAAUUCAAUGCAGAUUAAAAAAUAUCAGGUGAGUGCUGUGGAGUUACCCUUACCGGUCAAGUGUGAGUUAGGUGACUAAAGACUGACGUAGGAUUAAACUUUACAUUUGUACUAACGUGUUUUAUCCCAGGAAAACUCAUGAGUCUAAUGACAUUUUCUGGAGGGUUCUGCUCGGGAUUUUUGGCAGUUUUUUCUGAUCCUGCCCAAAACGUUGUUGCAGCAUGCCUGUUUGACAAAUUAUACUGAACACAAAUCAGCGGUGGUACAUAAAAUAAAUUGCUAAAAUACAGAUUUUUUAACGACUACUUUUCGCCACUGGGUAGGUUUUCGCGAUUGUGCUGUACAGCUCUUUCGUGUGUUUUCUUGUUGUGCAGCGUGUUGUUCAGCUCGAUGUCCAACGUAUCCAACGUAUCGCUCCACCUGUUCAGAGCUUUUUCAGUAGCCGAUUGAAGUUUCAGAUGCAGCACCCAGCAGGUGCAAUGAUAUGUAAGACUGUGCUGAAAAACACGCUGUACAUCCCAGACAUGUGCACGUACCCAGGGUUCUGAAUUUCCAAGCCAUAGUAAAUAUAUUCAGUUUGGAGCUUGUGUCUGUAGAGGUCAAUGUGGCUAUGGAAUAGAUUCGGGCUGUACCAUCAUAAAGGACACAUGCCCAUCUGGUUUUGAAUAAAGCAGUUGAGACAUACAUUGUCUAUUUUAUGUUGACCAUCUUUUAUUGCAAAAAAUAACGUGCAAAUUGCAACUGAAUGACAGCAGAAAAAGUUGAUAAUUUCGGGAGAAAAACGAUUCCGCUAUAAAUUCCUCGAAAUAUAUAAUUUGGUAAUGUUGAUAAGAACAUGUGGCAUUCAAUCUUAACUGUCCCUUAAAUGACAGCUAAUUCCAUAGCUGUAUACAGGCUGGUGAAACAGUGUACAAGUCUCAUAAAAGCUUAAAAUUGCAAGAAAAAUAAUUGUGUCAUCUGCUCAAGCUACGCUCUGAAUAUACAUUGUACUCAUUUUGACUGGUAGAAGCAUACUGCAAUGCUCUGCUAUGUUGUGCAUUUGUCAUAAUUCUAAGUGACAAAGAGUGUGGUGCAAUUUUCAAACAGAAAUCCACAUGCCUGUAGCACGGAUUGGCAUGGAUUUACUAUAUAAUUAUCUGCAACUACGAGAAUCUGCAAGCUGGUGUGAAAAAUAUUACCCCUGGCUGACUGUAAAACCAAAAGUUGACAGUAACCUACUAUAUAUUGCCCGGUGCAUUGUAUCCAAAUACUCUUACUGUAAGGUGGCAAAUUAAUAUAUUUACCCAUUAAAAAUAAUCCGUCAAAAGUGAUCAGCAAAGCCAAAUUAAUCUGAAAAACAGUGACCAAACAUUGUAUCCAACACUUAUCGGUCGGUAUAACUGGAAUAUUUCAUGAGCCACUAACUUGUUUUUAUAUGAAAAAUUGCAAUACCAUGUAGUUUACUUUAUUUUGUAACAUUUAAGUGGCCUUAAUAAUCCACUGAUGCUGAUGUUACUUCUGUAGAGAUUAAAAGUAACAUUUCAUGUGAACCAUCAUUACUGCUUGUGCUUAAAAUUGCCAUUGUGAGAUCUCUUAAUAGCAAGAGGAAUGGUUUGUGAUUUUUUAAAAAGAAAUUGGUGUCAUGUUUUAACAUCAUAGCUUGCAUGCAAUGCAUAUUAAUUUAAUAACAGACUCUUUAAAAAACGUAUCUUUUGAAGAUAUAUUUUGUAUUCUUGAAGCUUUAUGUCACUGUAAAGGACCCAUAUUAAUGUAUACACUGGAACUAAAUAAAGGAAUUGGAAAAUA